AUGCUCAUCUCCUUGGGAUCUAUUCUGGCCUUCUCCUCUGCUGUUUAUGGCUUACGGCCUUCAGAGAUAUCACCGGAUACUCCACUAUCAUCCUUAAUAGCUUCCGCAAAAACACAUCUUGCAGGCGGUGCACCUCGUGAAGCUUUGCAUUAUUUUGACGCUGCUGUUUUGAGAGAUCCCACAAACUACAUAACGAUAUUCCAACGGGGGGCAGCAUACUUAUCUCUUGGGAGAAGUUCUCAGGCAUUGGGCGAUUUUGACCGGGUUCUACAACUAAAACCAGAUUUCGAAAGCGCCUUACUACAACGAGCCCGUCUCCGGGCUAACUCUGCUGACUGGCUCGGCGCAUUGAAUGAUCUUGACUUGGCUGGGAAGAAGCCCUCAUCGGAGUACAACGAGCUUCAGGAUGCACGAGACGCAGCACUACGAGCACAUGAUGCCGAGAAACGUGGCGACUGGGAAACAUGCACAAGUCAAGCAAAUGCAGCCAUUGUCAAGGCGAGCGGGUCCCUGAGCCUGCGACAAACCCGAGCACACUGUCGUUUUGAGAGGGGCGAUAUCGAAGAAGGGAUUAGCGAUCUUGCUUUUGUCUUACAAAUCUCCCCUGGCUUGGUGGAGCCACAUCUUCAAAUGUCGUCGAUGAUGUUCUACUCUCUCGGAGAUAGUGAACGUGGCAUGUCUCAAAUUCGCAGGUGCCUACACUCUGAUCCUGAUUCAAAACAAUGCAACCACCUCUACCGAAGGGAAAAGAGACUGCUAAAAAAAUUGCAGAAGUUGCAGGAUGCAGUGAAUCUUCGGAAAUUUAACAAUGCCAUCAAUUUACUUGUGGGAAUAGGUGAGGAAAAUGGUCUUCUCAGCGAUGUGAAGGAAGACGUGGCACUGGGGAAGGAAGCCGGACACAUUCACCGCACUGCCCCUAACAAUCUCUACACAUCAUUGGUAGAGCGAACUUGCGAGGCUUACCGCGAGGCGCACAUGAUAAAACGAGCCACCCCUUACUGCUCAGAGACGUUUGAGCUAAAUCCAUAUUCGCUCCCAGCGCUACUAUUUAGAGGCCAAGUAGCUAUCGAUGAGGAGCGCUUCGAGGAUGCCAUAGGUGUACUGAAUAGCGCCAAGGAGCACCAUCCUGGUUCGAAAGACGUCCAGUCAUUGUUGCAAAAGGCGCAUGUUCUACUAAAACGUUCUAAACAGAAGGACUACUACAAGGUUUUAGGUAUCAGCCGAGAUGCGGAUGAACGCAUGGUCAAACGGGCUUAUCGUCAGUUGACAAAAAUGCACCAUCCCGACAAGGCUGUUUCCCAAGGCGUCACAAAGGAGGAGGCUGAAAAGAAGAUGGCUGCUAUCAAUGAGGCAUACGAAGUACUGUCCGACCCAGAGCUCAAGGCGCGCUACGAUAGUGGUGAUGACCCGAAUGACCCAGAGUCUCAAAGAGGGACCCCAUUCCAAGGGAAUCCAUUCGGUUCAGGUGGCCAACACUUCUUUUUUCAGAAGGGCGGCUCUCAAUUCAAAUUUUCUGGUCAGGGCUUUAAUUUUCCUGGUGGUUUUCCUUUUCGCUAG